AUGCGAUUUGGACAGAAUUUCUAUGUGUUUUCCCUUAUUCUCACCGGUUCAAUCAUCGGGUUCAUUUACUUCAGCUACACAUCCACGUGGUGCAGUCAGCCAGAUGUUGCCACGAUGACCCCAUGGUUAGCUCCGAUUGUAUGGGAGAAAACAUUUGAUUUGUCAAUGAUUGAUGCCAUCUACAAACGACAGAACAUCACCGUGGCAACCACCGUCUUUGCUCUGGGCAAGUAUGUGCGUUUCCUGAAGGCCUUCCUCGAAUCUGCAGAGCAGCAUUUCAUGGUUGGUUACCGAGUGCAUUAUUACCUGUUUACAGAUCGCCCAAAUGAAGUUCCUGUGGUCACAUUGGGGGAGGGGCAUCAGUUGACUGUGCUAAAAACAGCAAGCUCGGACCGCUGGCAGGAAAUCUCGCUGCGCAGAAUGGAGAUGAUUGAGAAACUCAUUCAAGAGGAACUCAUCAACAAGGUAGACUACAUAUUCAGCCUCGACGUCGACUCUAAAUUCCAUGCUCACUGGGGGGCGGAGUCUCUGGGCGACCUCGUUGGUGCGCUGCACGCCGGGUUUUUCAGAAAGCCUCAGGAUCAGUUCACGUAUGAGCGGCGUCCUGAAUCUCAGGCCUAUAUACCUUUCGGCAAAGGAGACUACUACUACGGAGGGGCUGUGAUCGGAGGUCGCCUUGACAAAGUGCAUAAGCUCGUGAAGACUUGCCACAUUCAACUGGAAGUGGACCGAGCCAAUCACAUCGAAGCGGUAUGGCAGGAAGAGUCUCACCUGAACAAGUACUUCCUGUACAACAAGCCCACCAAGGUACUCUCACCUGAAUACCUGUGGGAUGACAAACAAUGGAAACCCAGCUACAUAAAAGUGGUGCGUUCCUCACACGUGGUCAAGAACUAUGCUGAGGUUCGACCCAACCCUUAA